AUGAGUUCUUCUAUGACUACAAAUAUUCUUUUUUUUGGUGAAAAAUAUACACUCUAUACGAGUUAUCUCAUAUUCAUUAUUGGAAUUAUUGGAAAUUUUUUUAAUAUUCUUGUUUUCACUGGUUUGAAAAUCUUUCGAAAUAAUCAAUGUGUUUUGUAUUUUAUAAUCGAAUCAAUAUCAAAUAUAUGUCAAUUAAUUAUGUUUUUUCUUAUCCAUUUAUUAAUACAUAUAUAUAAAAUUGAUCCAGCAAAUUUAAUACUAUUUUGGUGUAAAUUUCGAGCUAUGAUGAUUGUAUUAUGUACAUUAAUAUCAUUUUCUGCAAUAUGUUUUUCUGCAUGUGAUCAAUAUCUUUCAACAAGUCCUCGAUUCAAUUUAAGAAAAAUGAGUACAAUUAAAUUAGCUGAAAUUCUUAUAUUUACAGCUAUGGGUAUUUCAUUGCUACAUAGCAUUCCAUUUUGUGUUUAUAUGAAAAUUCAAGAUUCUUUCUGUAGUAUUUUCAAUCCAAUGAUGUCUCGAUAUUUAUCUUGUUUUUAUUAUCCAAUUCUAUCUGGAAUUCUACCUAUUUUUAUUGCAUCAUUAUUUAGUAUCUUAGCAUAUCGUAAUGUUCGACGAAUAGUUCGACUACAAAUGCCAAUAAUUCAUCGACGACUUGAUCAACAAUUGACAGCAAUGGUUCUUGCCCGUAUUAUUGGAUUCAUUAUUUUAACAUUACCUUAUGCUGUUCAAAGAAUGUAUACAUAUCUUCCAAAGGUUGGUAAAUCAGAUCUUUUUCGAAUUGCAAUUGGUAACCUAGUAGGAAGAAUUGUAAGUUCAUUUUUCGAUCUAAAUUAUGCGGCAUCUUUUUAUAUAUUUAUGGCAUCUUCAUUGCGAUUUCGUCGUCAGAUAAAAAAUGUUUUGGUAAAAAAAUUUUGGCGACGAUGGAAACAAUGGCCUUGUAAUAAACAUCAAAUUUAUCCAAUUGUGUAG